AUGAGGGAGCAAAUCGAGUUGGAGGACGAGUCUAUUGCAUUCCUUAUGGUACGUGCAGGAUAUUUCGUAAGGUCACCUAUGUCGAAGAGGGUCAAGGUAAAGGUCAUCACCGAUUACUAG